UGAUACACGCCACAUCAAACCGGGCUCGUGCUUUGAACGGUAGAUAGGUUUAAGUGCACGUAUGAACAAGGAGGAUGUACGCUGUUUGCAGUGGAGGGACGGUGUUGUGUUGGCAGAAGUUCCUGUAGAAAAACGAAAUAUCUUUAUUGUAUGUUGAGGUUUCACCGAUUGUUUUGAUCGAACUGGAUAGAUAUGCUUUAAAUACCGGAUAUUAUCGUAUAACUGUAUGUGUAAUUAAUGGUGUAAGGCUGGCCUCACUAGGUCAGGGAUUACAGGUAAUGUCGGUAAAGAAAUUACAUCCGAAGGAGAGUGAAAAGUUUUGAAAGUAAUACAACUUAACAGGAAAAAUAAACACAAACAAUCGUUAAACUGAAAAAUUUACAGUCUCUUUGCAUAUGGCGACUAGCCUGUUCGGCCUCAAACGACAGAGAAUGCCUGUACGAACGUUGGGUUAUGUCUUGCCGGUGCUCUUAACCUUCUUCUUGCCGUGCGUCUCGCCGUCGUUCCUCAACAUGUUCUCGGCCCAGAAAACAACACUAGACCCUUGUUAUGACGAGCACGGUGUACCAAAACGAUGUAUUCCUGACUUUGUGAACGCUGCUUUCGGCAGGCAAGUCGUGGUGUCCAGUGAAUGUGGAAGUCCCCCCACCCGAUACUGCGAGUAUAAAGCUAACGAAAGAGGAGAGGGUGUUCAGCAGUGUCACACUUGCGACGCCAAUGACCCCAUAACACACCAUUCUGCAGGAUUUCUGACGGACCUGAAUAAUCCGAACAACGUCACGUGCUGGGUGUCUGCCUCCUUCUCCAACCCAUUGCAGAACGUUUCUCUAACACUAUCUCUAGGUAAAAAAUACGAGCUGACCUACGUUAGUCUCCAGCUCUGUAGUCCCAAACCAGAGUCUAUGGUAAUUUACAAAUCUUCGAAUUUCGGUAAAAGUUGGCAGCCUUUCCACUAUUACUCCAGCCAGUGUCAGAAAAUGUACGGAAAACAACUAGACGCCAAGAUCACCAGAGCCAACGAGCAAGAAGCCUUAUGCACAGACUUGGUGUCGGACUCUAAGCCUGUUUACGGGGGUCGGAUUGCCAUGAGCACGCUGGAAAGUAGACCAUCUGCGUACGACUUCGAUAACAGUCCUGUCCUCCAAGAUUGGGUUACGGCUUCAGAUAUCAAGGUUAUAUUUAACCGGCCUGGAGGAUCCUUGUCUGAUUUGGCUGCCUAUAACGGUAGCUACUACUACGCCGUGUCCGACCUUGCUGUCGGAGGAAGAUGCAAGUGUAACGGACACGCUUCCAAAUGCGUUCCCGACCGCAACGGCCAGCUAGCAUGCGACUGUAAGCACAACACUGCCGGUAGGGAUUGUGAGAAGUGCAAGGCCUUUCACUUCGACCGGCCUUGGAGCAGAGCCACAGCUGACAACGCUAACCAGUGUGUCGCCUGUAACUGUAACCUUCACGCCAGAAAAUGUCGCUUCAACAUGGAAUUGUACAAAUUAUCAGGACGCACGAGUGGUGGCGUCUGUCUCAAGUGUCGACAUAACACUGCCGGCCGCCAUUGUCAUUAUUGUAGAGAGGGUUAUUUCAGGGAUCAAGAAAAACAUAUAACCCACCACAAAGCUUGCCGACCGUGUGACUGUCAUCCUGUGGGAUCUUCUGGACGCACGUGCAACCAGACCACUGGCCAGUGUCCGUGUAAAGAUGGUGUCACAGGAGUUACUUGUAACAGAUGUGCUAAAGGUCACCAACAAAGCAGAUCACCCAUCGCCCCAUGUGUCAGGAUCCCUCCGGUUACGUUUACAAAACCACCUAAAAUCACAGGGCCUUCCAAAGAGAAGUCACAAUGUGGAAAAUGCAGGAAACGCAGCCGAAAAAUAAACAGGAAGAAGUAUUGUAAGAGAAAUUAUG